AAUUUUUAAUUUGUUAUUCUUUUUCGGAAGAAGCAAAUAAUAAAUUUUUUGAUGGUAUUAAAAUUAUAUCACAUUUUAUAGCCUAAUUUUUUAAUAGAUAAACAUGUUUCUAACUAAUAUAUUAUUAAAAAAGGUUAAGAGCAAAAGAGUAAUGGUUCUUAUGGAAAGUAUUGUAAGUGGCCAUCAAUUUAAUGCACGAAGAGAUCGUCUAGCAGAUAAAUUAGAAUUUUUAAAAUUUGAUCCAUAUAUACAAAAAAUGUCAAUAUAUAGAGAAAGAAAGAAGAUAAAAAGCUUUUAAAAACUACAAUUGCAAUUAAUUGACAAAUCAAAAAAUUCAUUGAAUAUUAUAGUAAUAAAAUAUGUUAGAAUUAUAAAUAUUUUAUUGAUUUAAAAAAGUUA